CUGGCAGUGGUCUGCGCCUGCCCUGGGUUUUCCUCGAUCCUCUGGCUGACUCACUGUUGCUGUAAAAACAGGGCCAACCACACUGUGUUGAAAGCCACUGAAACCGGAGGAAACUAGUCACAAAAACCCUGACCGUCAGCUGAGAGAUUGCUCCGGUCACCUGAUAACUACUAGCACUUUUCCCAGACUAGUUCAAGUCUUCAGGGGCUACGCAGGACUCCAGAGCCACUUCAGCCUAAAUCAGCUACCAUCUCAUUCCUCAUGCUUGAGAGUGCAGAGCUGUACUUCAAUGUGGACCAUGGCUACCUGGAGGGCCUGGUUCGAGGCUGCAAAGCCAGCCUCCUCACCCAGCAGGACUACCUCAACCUGGUCCAAUGCGAGACUCUGGAAGAUUUGAAAAUUCAUCUCCAGACCACUGAUUAUGGCAACUUCUUGAACAAUCAAACAAAUCCUCUUACUGUUUCCAAAAUUGACACCGAGAUGAGGCAGAAGCUGUGCAGAGAAUUUGACUACUUCCGGAACCAUUCCCUGGAGCCGCUCAGCACCUUUUUCACCUACAUGACGUGCAGUUACAUGAUAGACAACGUGAUCCUGCUGAUGAAUGGUGCACUACAAAAAAAAUCCGUGAAGGAAAUUCUGGUGAAGUGCCAUCCACUGGGCCGGUUCACAGAAAUGGAAGCAGUGAACAUUGCAGAGACAACUUCGGAUCUCUUUAAUGCUGUACUGGUGGAAACACCGCUAGCUCCAUUCUUUCAAGACUGUAUGUCUGAAAAUACUCUAGAUGAACUGAAUAUUGAAUUACUGCGCAAUAAACUGUAUAAGUCCUAUCUUGAAGCAUUCUAUAAAUUCUGUAAGAAUCAUGGUGAUGUCACGGCAGAAAUUAUGUGUCCCAUUCUUGAGUUCGAGGCCGACCGACGUGCUUUUAUUAUCACUCUUAACUCCUUUGGCACUGAAUUGAGCAAGGAAGACCGGGAGACCCUCUAUCCGACCUGUGGCAAGCUUUAUCCUGAGGGGCUGCGCCUCUUGGCUCAAGCGGAAGACUUUGACCAGAUGAAGAGAGUAGCAGAACAUUACGGAGUAUACAAGCCGUUGUUUGAUGCUGUAGGUGGCAGUGGGGGAAAGACAUUGGAGGAUGUGUUUUAUGAACGUGAGGUACAAAUGAAUGUGCUGGCAUUCAACAGGCAGUUCCACUAUGGUGUGUUUUAUGCUUACGUAAAGCUGAAGGAACAAGAAAUGAGAAAUAUUGUAUGGAUAGCAGAAUGCAUCUCACAGAGACAUCGAACUAAAAUCAACAGUUAUAUUCCAAUUUUGUAACUGGGGGUGGGGGUACCCAAAUGCAGAGAAUCAGAAAUAUUAAAAGGAAGUUCUUGAAGAAGACAAAAGUAAUUGUGUUACAUUAUCUAGGUUACAUAAAGGUAAACCACGCGAGACCUUCAUGAAUCAUAGAUCUGCUGGCUACACAAUAAGAUAACUCUGAAACAAAUCAUUCCUCCCUGCUACACCAGCAGCCUGAAAUCUUAUUUCCACAUUUAUAUCUCUUUUUUUUAUUGGGCCUCAGCCAUUCAUUUUACUUAACCCUAUGGCACUUUUCCUAUUCUUAUUUGGUCAUGUUAAAAGUCAGACCUAACAAACUUGUUUCAUUCUUACUUUUUUGUACUCCUCCACAUGUUCAAGUACUGAGUUUCUGCUUUACCUUUUAGCUGUCUGUGCCUUCCCAAGACCCAAAGCUAUAUGUAGCCAAUCAUGGACCACAUUUGAUGGGAAUUUAUUUUGCACACUUUGCUGGCAGACUUGAGAAGCCCAUGUGAUUCCAAAUCAUAAUCCCUAGACACAAGCAGUAUUAAAUUUGUUAAUAAAUUUUCUCCGAGCUUACUUUAAAUAAAAUGUAUAUCUGUCUUU